CUCAGGCUGAGGCUCAGCCACCACUUCCAUCUCCGGAUUGCCCAAGUCUUCAUUGCUAUCAGGCCAACGGCGAAAAGAUAAAUUAUAGUAAUAUUUUUGUAUGUCUCUCCACUUUUCUUUUUCUCGUACUGCAAAAGCUAGGGUUUUUUUUUUUGCGACUCUUCCAGACCACACUCUAUACCGAUCUGCUGCGACAUUUUGGAUUUUGUCUAACAUUUUUCAGCCAAUUCUGGUUGGCUUUUAUGAACGUGCGGGUGCUGGAGUUCAUGCUGGAGAUAUUCUUGGUGGAUUGAUCCAUACGUGGUGGUUGGGUUCUUGUCUGGAAGUUGGGAGUUGUGGGAGAUGUGUGCAUCUUGUAGUUGGGUUCUUGUUAUGUUUGUGGAGGCAUGGGUUGGAGUGAGAUUUGGCUUUUGCUGAGGACGUCUGUUUGUUUAUUUGGUUUAUAAGGAUGAAGAGAUUGAAGGGUGAGUCUCCAAGUGUAAGGAGGUUCAAGUUGUCAUACCUUUUACUGGGAGCAGGCGCGAUAUAUUUGAUUCUUAUUUUCUUCAAAUUCCCUGAAUUUUUGGAGAGUGCUGCAAUUUUAAGUGAUGAUGAUAGCAAUGGAAGCUUUGAUGGAUUCUCAGUCAGGGAUGAAGAGGAUGAGGAGAUAACUAAAUCAAAUGUUAGUUCUGAUGGGUUUCACAGGAUUCUACAAAACAAUGAAUUUCUGGAUCCUCCUGUAAAGCCUCAAGAAGCAGCAGCUUCAAAAGAGAAGAGGGACCACCAUUUGGCAAUUAAGCUGUCGCAGCAGCAAUACGGUCGAAUAACUGCUGAAGUAUUUAGGCGUAUGAAUAGGACCCAUAACUUGUCUGUGAUGGAAAGAAUGGCAGAUGAGGCUUGGGCUCUAGGGCAGAAGGCUUGGGAAGAAGCAAGUAAAUAUGACGAAAAGGAGAUUGACAUGACCACUAUACUUGAAGGGAAGCCUGAAUCAUGUCCUUCAUGGGUUUCAAUGAGUGGAGAAGAACUGGCCAAAAGAGAUUUUAUGAUGUUCCUUCCAUGUGGUCUCGCUGCAGGUUCUUCCAUUACGGCGAUUGGAACUCCACGCUAUGCUCAUCAGGAAUAUGUACCACAGCUGGCUAAAGUAAGGGCUGAAGAUGCACUGGUUUUGGUGUCUCAAUUUAUGGUUGAACUUCAAGGAUUGAAGGUUGUGAACGGGGAGGAUCCACCAAAGAUUUUACAUUUGAAUCCUCGGUUACGGGGAGACUGGAGCCAUCAGCAGGUAAUUGAGCACAAUACGUGUUACAGGAUGCAGUGGGGAAGAGCUCAAAGGUGUGAUGGCUUACCUUCCAGAAGUGACGAUGAUAUGCUGGUUGAUGGAUACAUGCGUUGUGAAAAAUGGAUGCGUAAUGAUAUCAUAGAUACGAAAGAAUCCAAGAGAUUUUCAUGGUUUGAGAGAUUCAUAGGACGUGCAAAAAAACCAGACGUAACCUGGCCGUUUCCCUUUCGGGAGGGACGAAUGUUUGUUUUGACUAUACGUGCUGGAGUUGAUGGAUAUCAUAUAAAUGCUGGCGGUCGUCAUGUAACGUCAUUUCCAUACCGAAUGGGUUUUGCACUGGAAGAUGCAACAGGAUUGGCAAUAAAAGGUGAUGUGGAUGUUCAUUCAGUAUAUGCUACCUCUUUGCCAACCUCUCAUCCAAGUUUCUCACCCAAAAGAGUAUUAGAUUUCUCUGAGAAGUGGAAAUCUCAACCCAUACCCCAAGGUCAUGUUAAACUCUUUAUUGGAGUUCUUUCUGCAACCAAUCACUUUGCAGAGCGUAUGGCUGUACGAAAGACAUGGAUGCAAUCUCUACCAGUCAAGACCUCUAAAGUAGCUGUUCGCUUCUUUGUUGCACUGAACCCCAGGAGUGAGGUGAAUGCAAUUUUGAAGAAGGAGGCUGCUUACUUUGGUGAUAUUGAGAUUUUGCCAUUUAUGGAUCGUUAUGAGCUAGUGGUUAUUAAAACUGUUGCCAUUUGUGAGUUUGGGGUUCGAAAUGUAACGGCGGCUUACAUUAUGAAAUGCGAUGAUGACACUUUUAUUAGGGUUGACACAAUCUUAAAAGACAUUGAACGCGUGUCUACUGGAAGUGCCUUGUAUUUGGGCAAUCUAAACCUCUUGCACAGGCCUCUUAGGACAGGGAAAUGGGCAGUCUCUUAUGAGGAGUGGCCUGAGGCUAUUUAUCCCCCUUAUGCCAAUGGGCCUGGAUAUAUAAUAUCAAGUGACAUUGCCAAGUACAUCGUUGCUCAACAUGCAAAUCACAGCCUACGGCUAUUUAAAAUGGAGGACGUGAGCAUGGGAAUGUGGGUUGAGCAGUUCAACAGCACAAAAAAUGUGCAGUAUUCUCAUAAUUGGAAAUACUGUCAAUACGGCUGCAUGGAGAACUACCACACUGCGCACUACCAAUCCCCAUUACAGAUGAUCUGUUUGUGGGACAAUUUGAUGAAGGGUCGGGCUCGCUGCUGUAAUAUAUGACCCAAAAUGUAGAGUUGCUGCCGGUUUGUAUUCUACCCAACUACUGUAACUUGGCAAUCCAAGAUUGUCGAAUUUUGUACAUCAGAGGAGACUUUGGGGUCUGAGAAGACACUGCUUCUAUUAAAGAGAAGCCUCCCCCCCGACCAAAAAAAAAGAAAGAAAAGAAAAGAAAAAUGAUUCUGAUCAUAUUUGUGGUCGUGCGCAAGGAUUUGUCUUAUUUUUCCAUUGCUCGUCCGGAUUGUACAAUCUGUAUAGCCUGGUUGUGAUAUUGUACUGUUUCACUACAUAGCCAUUCAGGGUUUAGGCAAUGGAGGGAGAAGCACUCUCUCCUUAUCCAAGUGAUAUCUAUCUAGGUGUGGUUGUUGCAUCUAUCAUGUAUUUCAUUAGUCGGAGAAAUCGGCAGGACCUUUGCCUCUUUUGA